UUCUAUAAAUAGGAAGAACGUUUCUGGUUUGGGGCUGGGACAGCUGUCCCCAGCACUGCCUGAGAAGAGCGAGGUGGUUUCUGCCGCGGCACGAAGCGCUAGAAGAGGCCCCGGGCUCCCUCCCUCCCCGCCGGCCAGCGGGGCGCUGCGGGCCCGGGGCCGCCUCUGCGCCGGCGCUGUGGGCCGCGCUACCGGCCGGGCCAGGGGGAGGAGGAAGAGGAGGAGAGCGGCGGGCAUGGCGGCGCCCGCAGCGCUACAGAGGAGCGUGGUGUCCCCCGCGGGCAGGCAUACUGCCUCCCUCAUCUUCCUGCACGGCUCAGGUGAUACUGGCCAAGGAGCAAGAACAUGGAUAAAACAAAUUUUGAAUCAAGACAUGGCUUUCCAACAUAUAAAAGUAAUUUACCCAACGGCACCUGCCAGGUAUUUAGUAGCACCUGAAUUUGCCAGGCCAUAUACACCUAUGAAAGGAGCCUUUUCCACUGUGUGGUUUGACAGGUACAAGAUCUCUAACGACUGUCCAGAACAUAUUGAAAGUAUUGAUUCUAUGUGCCGGGGACUUACAGACUUGAUCAACGAUGAGAUUAAAAAUGGCAUUGCAAAGAAUAGGAUACUAAUAGGCGGCUUUUCGAUGGGAGGUGGAAUGGCAAUGCAUUUAGCAUAUAGGUUUCAUCAAGAUCUGGCAGGAGUCUUUGCUUUGUCUAGUUUUCUCAAUAAAGACUCCGCUGUUUACCAGGCUUUGAAAAGAAAUGAAAGUGUUCUUCCAGAAUUAUUUCAGUGUCAUGGAACUGCUGAUGAACUAGUUCUCUACUCAUGGGGUGAAGAGACCAACAAGAUGUUAAAGUCACUGGGAGUAUCAACAUCACUUCAUACUUUUCCAAACCUUAAUCAUGAGUUAAGCAGAACUGAAAUAGAAAAACUAAAAACUUGGAUUGUAAAAAAAUUACCUGUUGAAGCAGCAAAGAUAAACGAAUAAAAGAAGAUGCAGCUUUGA